AUGUCAACUCCUCCUCGUGAAACUAUACAAAAACAAAUCCAACAAGAUUGGGCGAACAGAGAGUACAUUGAAGUAAUCACGGGCAGCAUUAAAAAAAUAACAGAUUUCCUCAAUUCAUUUGAUAUGUCUUGCAGAUCUCGUCUCGCCACUCUGAAUGAAAAGUUAACAUCUUUAGAAAGAAAGAUAGACUAUUUGGAGGCUUGUGUCACCAAAGGAGAAACCUUGACA